AUGUCGGUCACAGUGGGAGUGAGUUAUGCUGCGAUUGCUACAAGGGAAAAGCUACGGGGUGGCAUUGGACUGACUAAAGUGAGAAUAUAUUGGCCUGGAAAAGCUCCCGAGUGGGCAGAGGAAGGCGAAGAAGAUAAAGCUUUCCAGAAGCUUUCCAGAAGCUCAGACCAGAAGUGA